AAUGAAAUAAGAUAUAGCCGGCUUCAGAAUAUAUUUAAACAAAUAUAUAGGAAGGGGAGCAUUUGCAACAGUUUAUGAGUGUGAAAAAGAUAAUAUAUAAAUGCCAUUAUGUGCGAAAGUAUAUUUAAUUGUGAUUAAUUAGAUAAUAAAUUUGAGUUCUGACGAAUAUGAUUAAAAUGCAGUGAAAAGAGAGAUAAGAAUAUUAUUUAAUCUUAUGAAAUUUAAUCAUCCUAAUAUUAUUAAAGUAGUUGAUAUACAUGAGGAUUGGAAUAAGAAGGCCUGCUAUAUAUUUAUGGAGAAAUGUAGUUAAGGUCAUAUAGAGAAUACAAUAAAAGCAAGAGCUUCGGUAAAAUAAUAUUUCACUGCAACAGAAAUUAUUGAAAUGACAACAUAGAUUAUUAAAGGAUAUAGUAUUCUUUAUAAAAAUUCUAUAAUUCAUAGAGAUUUGAAACCAGAAAAUUUGCUAUUUGGUAAUGAUGGCAAGAUAAAAGUAAAAAUAUAAUAAUAUUUAGAUUUCUGAUUUUGGAAUGAGUAAAAUAUUAGAAAAAGAAGCAAGAAAUUAAUUAGUAAUUCAAUCAUAAGUAGGUACACCUUAUUAUGCAUCUCCAUAAAUUUUGAAUGAUGGUAAAUAUUCAUCUAAAACUGAUAUCUUUAGUGUAAUUUAUAAUUUAAAUAUUAAUAGCUAGGUGUUAUAGUAUAUUAUGUAACAUUCUUAAAAUUACCAUUUGACAAGAGAUCAAUGAUGGAAUUGAAAUUACAUUAAGAAGCAUUAUUAAAAGGAAAGGAAAUGAUAUUUCCUGAAAUGAAAAUUUAAGGCGAAAAGCACUUGAAAGAUUUGCUACUAUUAUUUAUGUCAAAAACUCUAACAUAUUAUGAAGACAACAGAAUAGAUUGGCCAUCAGUAUUUAAAAUGUUCUUAACUCCUGACGAAUGUGUUGAUUCAAUCAAAAUUGUCCAACAAUAAGAUCUAGAAUCCACAAUAGAACCUUCUUCUGGCAUAUUUAAUGAUAAUACAGGCUUAAAACGAUCUUAUGAAUCUUAUUAAUCUUAUCAAGUUAGAACUUUGAUAAGCAAUUUAAUGGCUAGAGAAGAAUUAGCUAAAUCAGUAUAAUAAUAUUUAAUUUGUUUGUAAAUAUUAUAUUUAUAUUAGAAAAAAAUAUAAGUCUAUAUUUAGUAAUUAAGAUUAAAAUAUAUUAAAGGCAGCAUUAUGUGGAUAUCAAAUGGCAAUAAACUUAAAUUAAAUAUAUUUAAUUUCAAAUUAAUAUAAUUAGGUUUGUAAAUAAAUACAAGAGGCAUUUAAAGAGAAUUCUAUAAAUAUAAAUUGUGAAUUCUAUAUGAAAGAUAAAUAUGAAAAAGUAGAAUAAUAAAAAGAGAAAGUCUAAGAGAAUGCUCAAAUUAAUUUAUUCUAAUUCAAAGUAUUUAUAAUCUAAUGAUUUAGGAAUCAAUCUAAUAAGUUCUUUAAGGGGAAGUCGAGAUAAACGAUGAUGCUUUGAAAAAAUUUAAAACACUUUUAAGCAAAGCAGAAUAAUAACCAAAUUAUGAAAUUUAUGCUCAUUGGUUUAAAUAUUAUUAUUAAAAGUAUAUCAUUUCAAAGAUGCAAAAGUAUUUAAAUUAAACUCAAGAAUAGGAUACUUUAAUGUUUAUACUUAUAUAUAUAUUUUAGGUUUUUGGCAUUAAGCAAAAAAUUCAUAAGUUUAGAAAAAGAUUAUCCAAUAAAAGACUUCUUUACUAUUGAUCCAUCUUAUAUUUAAUACAUAAACUCUGAAUCAGAUUUUUUAAAACAAUAUAUUAGAUCAAAUCCAGAAUAAUAAUAAAUUAUAGAUUAGGAUAGAAAUGAAAAAUGA